AUGGGGACGCAUGGAUGUGAUUCAGGAUCUUUGAUUUUAGUCAAUGUUAGGGUUGAUUCCAUGGGAGGAGUUAUUGAUGGUGGAGUUGGAAAUGCAACAUCAAUUAGCCUGCAGUCCACCUCGAGGACAGAUCAACAUCCUGACAAGUUUGUGACAAGCUUUCAAUCUUCAUUUUUACAUGGAUGUGCAAGAGAAACCGCAUGGACAAAAAUGAUAUGGUUGAAGGCGGUACAGAAGAUUUUGCGAAUAGAACUGGAAACAUUAGAUGGAAAGACUUGAAAGUAGGUUGCUAUAAUACGUUUGUAUGUUUAAUGCAUUUUGGUAUAAAUAAACUUUUGCUGUGUUAAAGUAUCUUGCCUUUCUAAAUAUAAUCUAGUGCUUCCUAUGUAACUCGUAUGAACACCCCUUUUAUAUAUAUGACAU